AUGGAGAAACUGUUGUGGUGUUUCCUGAUCUUGAUGAAUUUCUUCAUCCCAAACUCUAUAUGUGAGGGAAUAGAUCUUUGUGAUUCUGAGAAACAGAAGGCCUUUUUGUUUCCUGAAGAGUCAGAUAAUUCCUAUGUAUCCCUGAAAGCACAGCUAAAGAAACCACUCAAAGCCUUCACCGUGUGUCUCUAUAUCUACUCAGAGCUGGCCGUGUCCCGUGGUUAUAGUGUUUUCUCUUAUGACACCAAGAAAGAACCUAACGAGAUCCUCAUAUUUUGGUCUAAGUGUAGAGGCUAUACUCUUGCAGUGCAUGAGACUGAAGUAUUAUUCAAGAGUCUUGAAAACACCCAAGCUCCAACACACAUCUGUGCCAGCUGGGAGUCCGUCUCCGGGAUUGCAGAGUUCUGGGUGGAUGGGAAGCCCCUGGUGAGGAAGAGUCUGGAGAAGGGAGCCUCUCUGGGGACAGAGGCAAGCAUCAUCCUGGGUCAGGAGCAGGAUGCAUUUGCCGGGGACUAUGAUAAAAACCAGUGUUCAGUGUGAGACAUUGGAGAUGUGAACAUGUGAGACUUUGUGCUGUCUCCAGAUGAGAUUAGCACUGUUUAUGUUGGUGGGACCUUCAGUCCUAACGUCCUGGACUAUCAGGCGCUGAAGUAUGAAGCACAUGGUGAGGUGUUCCUCAAGCCUCAGCUGUGGCCCUGA